AUGUUCAUUAUUACUAACCAUACUUUAGUUUCUAUAAAAAAUGCUGGUAAAGUUUAUGACAUAGAACUUGAUCCAAAUGAUACUGGAAAAGUUUUGAAAGAAAGAAUAUAUGAAUUGACUAGAAUACCUGCAAUCAGACAAAAGAUCUUGAUCAAAGGUGGUAAGUUGGGUGAUGAUGAAGUGGUAUCUACUCUUGGUUUAAAUACUAAACAACCAAUCAUGGUUUUAGGUACACCUGACAAGGAUUUACCAUCUAAACCAGUUGAAAAACAAGUAUUCAUUGAAGAUCUUAAUAAAAAUCAAUUAGCUACAGUUAGUUCUGAUCCAUCUGGGUUGGUUAAUUUAGGUAACACUUGUUAUUUGAAUUCAUCAUUACAAUCUAUUUUUCAAAUUGAAGAUAUUGCUUCAAGGUUAAAGACUUUUACCGUAUCUGGAAGUUCAAGUUCUAAUCCUUCUCAAGCUUUAUUAUCUGCUUUAAGAUUAUUAUUUCAACAAAUGUCAAGUAAACACGAAAAAGUAACUCCAUCAUUAUUCUUGUCAUUAUUUAGAAAUGUUUAUCCUCAAUUUGCUGAACAAGAUAAUAGAGGAUUUUAUAAACAACAAGAUGCUGAAGAAGCAUUUUCUCAAAUUUUAACUACUUUAACUAAUGAAUUAAAAACUCAAGAUUUAUUCAAAAUUUCUUUAAAAUCAGAACAAAAAUGUUUAGCUCUCCCAGAUGAACCAUCAAAGAUCACUUAUGAAGAUGCAACUAAAUUGAAUUGUCAUAUUGAUAUUAAAACCAAUUUCUUAAGAGAUGGUAUUUUAGGUGGAUUAAAGGAAACCAUUGAAAAAUAUAAUGAUACUUUACAAAGUAAUACUGAAUAUGAAAUUAGUAGAACCAUAACAAGAUUACCAAAGUAUUUAACUGUUCAUUUUGUUAGAUUUUUCUGGAGAAGAGAUACUCAAAAGAAAUCAAAAAUCUUAAGAAGAGUUCAAUUCCCAUUUGAAUUAGAUUUAUCUGAAAUGUUAGAUGAAUCCAUUAAAGCAGAAAAAGUUAAGAUUAGAGAUGGAAUUAGAAAAAUAGAGAAAGAUAAUUUAGAUUUAAUCAGAGAUUUCAAAAAAUCAAAGAAAGAUACUUCUUUAACCCCUCUAGAACAAAAAGAAGAAGAAGAAUUAAAAGUUCUUUCUAUUAAAACCAAAUUUGCUGAUUCUCUUACUUCAAUUUUACCAGAAGGAUUUAAAGUAGAUGGUGCCACUGAAAAUCCAUCAUCAAUCUAUGAGUUGACUGCUGUUAUCACUCAUGCUGGUUCAUCGGCUGACUCUGGUCAUUAUCAAUCAUUUGUUAAAGAUGCUAGUGAUUUAGAUGGAGAAAGAUGGUGGAAAUUUAAUGACGAUAAAGUAUCAUCGGUUAGUAAAGAUAAGAUUGAAGCUUUAGCUGGAGGUGGUGAAAGUGAUAGUGCUCUUUUGCUUAUCUAUAAAGCUGUAGGAUUAUGA